AUGAAGUAUUUGACUGACGAAGAAAAGUUCCAAGCUUUGAAGGACCGUGACCCUGAAGCGGAAGGGGAAUUUGUGUAUGCCGUUAUUUCCACUUCUAUUGUAUGUAGACCAACUUGUUACUCAAAGCUCGCGUUAAGUAGAAACAUAAAGUUUUAUGAUAAUGUGAACCAAGCUUUGCUUCAUUCAUACAGGCCAUGCAAACGAUGUAAACCUACUGUCCAGCUGGAUUGGAACAAUCAAAGGGUAUUUUUAGCAAAAGCUUGUAGAUUGGUUUAUGAAGCUGCUACAUGUGGUGCAAGAUUGGAUAUAGACCAUAUUAUAAAAGAGCUAAAUGUGUCUAAAUGGUACUUCUAUAGGACUUUUAAGACCUAUUUGAUGACCACCCCCAGAAAGUUUUAUUUAAAGUGUCUAUCUGAGGAUCUUAAAGAUGUCAAACUACCUAUAAUCCAAACUAAAAGGAAUGUGAUAAAACAAAGGAAAAUGGUAGAUGAAAUGUUGUCAGAGAAUGAUAAGUUUUUACAAAUGGUGGAGAACGAAAUACUCUGCUAG